UAAAUUCCCGCGAAGUAUACGAAUGUCAUUUCAGACUAACACACCACCACCGAAGAGCGAUGGAUAAGCGUCAGAAAUACUCGAUCAAGGAGAAAGUAGCGAUGGAUAAGCGUCAGAAAUACUCGAUAAAGGAGAAAGUAUCCUCUUCGUCAGCUCCGAGCGGGAAGCUAAAUCAUAACGAGCCGCAAUGUUCCUACAUGUACGGCGGACUGGCGGACCUCCGUCGACAGACGUACCUUCUCAAGUCUCCGCUGAAAGACAACAAUACCGCUGCGCCACGUCAGAACCGGCGGGAGGCUCCGCAACUGUACUGCAACGCCGCAACUGCCGCUGCGAAAUUGCAUGCAGCAGCGGCAGGGCCGUCGUCAACCGGUUGCGAUGCCGUGAAGAUCAAUCCGCUUCUGAAUCGCUCCGACGGCGGCGGGUCCGAGGCCCUAUUCCACGGACAAACGUCUAAAAUCCGCAGGACGAAAGAGCGGGAGACUGAUGAGUGCUAUAAUGGAAGUAGCUAGUCACGCUAAGAAGGAGACAGUCAAGAGCAGGAUACUGCUGAGAGGGAAAAAGAAAAGAAAAAGUGGACCUUUCAUUCUGCGAUCUCGUGCUUCCAAAAAAUGAUCAAAACACUUGAAACUUUAUUAUAGAACAGAACAGUAUGAUUAUGCAAUGAUGUGGGAAAUGAAAAAUGUGAGGAGUCAAAACUAGUGUUAUUAUUCUGCUUGGUUUUCAGCUUCUUUCUUCUUUGCAUAGGAGCAUGUCUUUUUGUGCAGUUUCCAAUGUGUCUUCUGGCAGGUGGAGUCACAGUAGGUGACUUUCUUGCAGCCGGCACAGAGCAUCACGCGUUCGCUCUGUUUAUCACAGUUUGCGCAGAUUCUGGUACCUUUCUCUUGCUCGCUGGAUUUCUGGACGUAAGAACACGUCCUUUUGUGUUGUUUCCAGUGCAAUUUCUGGCAGUGCAUGUUGCAGUAGGCAACCUUCUUGCAACCGGAACACAGCUGAAUGCGAUCGGCGAUCUCUCGAGUGCAGUUUUCGCAGAAGCGGAACUUGUCGCGGGCCGUUUUCCUGAUCCUAGUUGGUUUGGUGUCUGGCACUGCAGGGCCCCCAUUGCCGGGGACGGCAGAAGUAGACACAUUCGAAGACUCGGUCUCAGUAGCUACAGUGGUUUGGGUCUUGGUCGGGCUGUUGGUCACUCCAACUUUAUCUUUUAACGUCGCAUCACUCGAUUUUACUUUCGCAUCAGUCUCCUCGCUCUUUUUAUCGGCGGGGGUUUUAGCCGUCUUCAUCUCUGCUAGUUUCUCAGCGAGUUUCUUAACUUUCAGCGGUUUUCUUCGUUUUUCUUUCAGCUUGGCUUUUUCCUUGCUCCGGGCAAACUCUCUCUCCAUUAGCUUCUGGACCGUAUCGGGGUCACUGUCCAU